AUGGAUGACGAUGGAGCUGACGCUGCUAUGAAAGAGAUGAUGGGCUUCAGCUCUUUUGGUAACAACAAAAGACAGAAACUCAAUACAAGCAGCGAGAAUGCUCAACCAGCAAGACCUCCAGCAACCUCAAGCAACAAUACACCGCUUGGGCAAAGACAAGAGAAAACAAGUAGAGCGACCUCAAAUCUGAGAUUCGUUCCAGCAAGUCUUCCUCCAUCAGGUCGAAGCUCGAAAUCUCCUACUCCAGAUGAGACCCCAAACCAAGAACCACCACCACUCGCCAUCGACCAGAAGCAGGCCGACCUCGAAUCCGAAGUACAAUCUCACCCUCAAAACCCAGCGUCAUUGAGCGCAUCGAGUCAAACCUUCAACUUACUACCCUCAACCCCUCAACCAGAACCCUCACACCAUCACCACCAACUCCCCACUCGUCCCACAACGACCACCACCACAUACACCUCCUCCGACAUCCGCUCCGACCCAUCCUACUGGUCUCAAACCAACACCUCAGCCACAGUCACCACACCCACCAGCACAAAUACCACCACUAACAAUCACCGUCCACAAUCCUACUUGCCCUCCCGCAUCGACAGAGAAACAUACGAGAACGAAAUUGGAUAUACAUCGCCAUGGACCGGUGCCACAAUGACUCGGAAAGAACUACUCGAGUACGGGAAGGGGAGGAUGGAGGAACGAGAAGAUGGGAGGAUUGAGUUGGUGUUUUUCAAGCCGGGGUUUGUGGAUGAGGGGUUGUGGGAUCAGUGGGAGGAGGGAAAGGAGAAGGAGGUGGCCGUGUAG